AUGGUGAGUGUAUCUGAGAUCCGCCAGGCUCAAAGGGCAGAAGGCCCCGCAACCAUCCUUGCCAUUGGAACUGCAACCCCACCAAACUGUGUUGAUCAGAGCACCUAUCCCGAUUACUACUUCAGAAUCACUAACAGUGAGCACAUGACCGAGCUCAAAGAGAAAUUCCAGCGCAUGUGCGACAAGUCCAUGAUCAAGAAGAGAUACAUGCACCUAACCGAGGAGCUCUUGAAGGAGAACCCUAACAUGUGUGCUUACAUGGCACCUUCUUUGGAUGCCAGACAAGACAUGGUGGUGGUGGAGGUACCAAAGCUGGGGAAAGAGGCUGCAGUGAAGGCAAUAAAAGAGUGGGGGCAGCCAAAGUCCAAGAUCACACACUUGAUCUUUUGCACCACCAGUGGUGUGGACAUGCCUGGUUGUGAUUACCAACUCACCAAACUCUUGGGACUUCGCCCCUACGUGAAGAGGUACAUGAUGUACCAACAAGGGUGCUUCGCAGGUGGCACGGUUCUUCGGUUGGCAAAGGAUUUGGCCGAGAACAACAGGGGUGCGCGUGUGCUUGUUGUGUGUUCUGAGAUCACUGCAGUCACAUUCCGUGGGCCAAGUGAGAGUCACCUGGACAGUCUUGUGGGACAGGCACUGUUUGGAGAUGGAGCAGCUGCAGUGAUUGUUGGUUCUGACCCAAUUCCACAGAUUGAGAAGCCUCUGUUCGAGCUGGUUUGGACUGCACAGACCAUUGCUCCAGACAGCGAUGGUGCUAUUGAUGGGCACCUUCGUGAAGUUGGACUGACGUUUCACCUGCUUAAGGAUGUUCCUGGGAUUGUGUCAAAGAACAUUGGGAAGGCACUCUCAGAGGCCUUCAACCCGUUGAACAUCUCUGAUUACAACUCCAUCUUCUGGAUUGCACACCCUGGUGGGCCUGCAAUUCUUGACCAAGUUGAGGAAAAGGUUGGUCUGAAACCUGAAAAGAUGAAGGCCACUAGAGAUGUGCUUAGUGAGUAUGGGAACAUGUCAAGUGCAUGUGUGCUUUUCAUCUUGGAUGAGAUGAGGAGGAAAUCAGCUGAAAAUGGACUUCAAACCACUGGUGAAGGACUUGAAUGGGGCGUCUUGUUUGGCUUUGGACCUGGCCUUACCAUCGAGACUGUCGUUCUCCACAGUGUCGCCAUAUAA